AUGCGCCAUUCGUUGGGCGCAUCCAACACAGUCAAUGACAGCAAAAUCUACCGGUGUUUGACACUUUUGGCGAUCAAAAGCUUCAAGUGCUUUAGACCUCGAGAGGGAAAUGUUCUCAUGUUAACGAAUACAUCAGCAAUGCGAUUCAUCUCGCAAAAUACAUCCAUCCCGGUUCCAAAGAUCUUCUGCGCAUUCACACGUUCCGGGGUGACUUACAUUGUGAUGAAAAGGAUCAAAGGCGAUAUUAUUGGCAACGGCUGGGUAAGACGAAGUGAGGAAUCAAAAGCCAAGCUUCUCUCAGCUCUAGCAAAAACGAUUCGUGAGAUGCGGGAUCUCCGGCCCCCCGAAGGCAUGGGGGUUGCUUCAGUUGAUGGUGGAUCGUUACAUGACUGCCGUAUAUCAGGCCCUUCUUUGGAUUUUGGGCCUUUUGCCACAAUUCAGGACUUUCAUCGUCAUCUACGAAUGGGAUUGGAGUUUAACUCUAAACUUCACCCGUUGACCUUUACUCAUGGUGACCUCAGCAGCCUUAAUAUUCUUGUUCGCGAAGACGAUAUCGUUGGCAUCAUUGACUGGGAGACUGCUGGUUGGCAUCCGUCAUAUUGGGAAUACACUUCUGCCGACCAGGUCAACCCCCAGAACUCCUUUUGGGUCCAUGAGAUUGACAAAUUCCUGGAGGCAAUGCCUGAAGAACUGGCUAUGGAACGACUCCGUCAGAAAUGGUUUGGAGACGUCUAG